AUGUCGAUUGGGGAGCGGAAAAAGCUUGCAGAAUGGCACGCAACGAAACAGAACGAAAGCUUUAAUUUUCGAGAAGAAAUGUUGCAAUAUUGUCGCUCGGACGUUGAUAUACUGAGACGGGGCUGUCUGGAAUUUAGAAAAUUAAUGAUUAAGGUGACGACCAUCAAAGAACACAUUACACAAGCAGACGGAACCGUCAAGAAAAGAACCACGUUUGGAAUCGACCCAUUUGAUUACGUCACCAUUGCAAGCGUGUGCAUGGGGAUAUUCAAAUCUCUAUUUUUGAAAGGAAAGUACAAGAUAGAAAUCACCAAAGAUGGGGAAUGUUCUUGGUAUGAUGUCCAUACGCUUGAGGGUAUAGAAGUGGUCAAAAUUGAUGAUUCGUGGACGUCAUUAGUUGACUUAAGAAAGGACGAAAAUAUACAGAUAGGAAGACGACAUUUCAAGAGUCCCAUAGCAGUAGUGCCCUCUCAAGGUUAUACGAAACGCGACAAUUACAGCAAGAUUUCCAUUCAGUGGUUAGAAUGGUUGAUGGAAAAAAGCCGUCAACGGGGAAAUCCCAUUAGCAUUUCUCACGCUCUCAACGGAGGUGAAUAUCAAGUCCCAGGCACCAAUUAUAGAUGUGACGGAUUUGUUCAGACUCCCAACGGAAAAGGAACCAUUUACGAAUUUUAUGGUUGUGUGUUCCACGGUUGUCCCUCCUGUUUCCCAGAAGACCGAAAUUUCAUCAAACAUCCGUCCACCAAUCAAACAAUCAAAGAAUUAUACGAUAUGAAAAUAAACAGAGAAAAAGAACUUAAAAAUCUAGGAUACAACUUGAUUACCAUUUGGGAGCAUCAGUUUAAAUAUCAACUGGACAAGAAUGCGGCAUUACAACAAUUCGUGUGGACCCUAGAUCUCCAAGACCGACUCGACCCACGUGACAGUUUUUUUGGUGGCAGAACCAAUGCCAUCAAACUACAUUACAAAGCUGCAGAAGACGAAACCAUACAGUACUUCGACUUUACCAGUCUCUAUCCAUGGACCAACAAAUACUGUCGCUACCCCGUUGGCCAUCCUACCAUUGUUACGGACAAUUUCCAGGACUUGUCACAGUACUUUGGACUUGCCAAAAUUAAAAUUCUCCCCCCUAGAAAACUUUAUCAUCCUGUACUUCCUUAUAAUUCGAAUGGAAAAUUAAAGUUUCCACUGUGUCGCACAUGUGCGGACAGUGAAAAUCAAAAUGAAUGUACAUGUUCUGAAGAAGACAGAGCCAUCACGGGCACGUGGUGUACUCCCGAAAUUCAAACGGCAACGUCUAAAGGAUACAAAAUUUUAAACAUUUAUGAGGUCUAUCAUUUUACCGAAUCGUCAAAAUACGACGUCGAGUCGUGUGAGGGAGGAUUGUUUGCUCAAUAUGUAAAUAUGUUCUUAAAAAUCAAACAGGAGGCUUCGGGAUUUCCAGCCGAAUGCGUUACGGAAGAAGAUAAAUGGAAAUACAUCAGGGAAUACAAAGAGAAAGAAGGCAUACAAUUAGACUAUAACAAAAUUUAA